AUGAUUCGUGGCAGUAGUCAAACCUGCCGUCCAUCCGCCGCCGCCGCAGCACGAGCUUGGUCCUCUAGGUUCACCGCCCUCGGACAGCUGGCAUGGAUCCUGGUACCGCUCCUUAUCAGCGGCUGUUUGAUCGAUCAGACACAGGGCCAAACUAGUGCCGAGGGAGGACUAGGCGGUCAGUGCGUGUGGUACGGCAUCUGUAACGUGGACUACUUGGGCCGAUCUCAGUACUGUCCGUACAAUGGGACGGCGAAACCGGCGGACAGCCAGGCAAAGGACCUGCUGAAGGUCUGGUGUUCUCAUCUGCUGACCGAGGAUGCUUCGGGCAACGUAAACACGUGCUGUGACUCGAAACAGGUUGCCGUGUUGAACAAAAAUGUUGGCCUUGCAGCCAACUUCCUCGCGCGGUGUCCUUCGUGCAUGGCCAAUCUGGUGCGGCACAUGUGCGACUUUACCUGUAGUCCCCAGCAGGCGAGCUUCAUGAAGGUGGUCUCGACCGAGGAGGUCGAACCGACGGCCAAGGAGUACAUCACGAAGAUCGAUAUCCACAUCACGCAGCAGUACCUAAACGGAACGUUCGGGUCCUGCAGCCAGGUGUCGGUCCCGUCGACCGGUCAGCUGGCGCUCGAUCUGAUGUGCGGUGACUGGGGAGCAUCGCGCUGCAGCCCCACGAAGUGGUUCCACUACAUGGGCGACGCGCAAAACAAUCUGUACGUCCCGUUCCAGAUUGACUACGUGGCGCACGGCUCGGCCAACGAAACCAUCGACGGUUACCUCCCGUGGAACCCACGUGUCGUUCCUUGCCGCGAGAAAUUGAACGAUAACACUCCGGCCUGUUCGUGUGUGGACUGCGAAGCGUCCUGUCCGAAGCCACCGGCGCCACCGGCCCCACCACAGCCGUUCGUGAUCUACAACCUGGACGGCUACGCGGUGGUCAUGUUUGUGGUGUUUGUCGUCUGCAGUGGCCUCUUCCUAAUCGGUGCCUGUUUCUGCCACUCGAGUGCCACGGGCAGCGCUGGAGCAAAACUAUUGGUUGAUGGUGGUGACACUCUGCCGUCGGACCUGCGGGCCCACGUGGGCCGCAGGUUGGCCGGUGGCAUCUCCUCUAACAGUGGCGAUCUGGGCACGGAUCGGGAAGACUCACCCCUACAGUCCAAGCGAUCGAGUGCCACGUGGGACGGUGAACAGGAGCUUCGACCCCAUCCUUCCGGCCCCGGGGCCGGUGACGAUGAUGAGGACGAAUCCGGGUACUUCGAGCGGCUCGGAGCGAAAACGGAAACAGCACUGGAGCAGUUCUUUACCGCGUGGGGUACGACCUGCGCCAAGCAUCCGUGGCUAGUGCUGCUAGGAGGGCUGGUGUUCAUUGUGACCAUGGGCAUGGGUAUACACUUUCUGCGCGUCACCACCAAUCCGGUUGAACUGUGGGCAUCACCGUACUCUCGGUCGCGUGUCGAGCGGGAAUACUUUGACUCGGCCUUUGAACCAUUCUACCGCAUCGAGCAGAUCAUCAUCAAGGCGGAAAACAUCAGCAACGUGCUGCACAACACCUCGAACGGUGUGAUCGAGUUCGGGCCCGUCUUUAACCGGCAGUUCCUGCUCGAUGUCUUCGAGCUGCAGGAGCAGAUCAAGAAGAUACAGGCUCCGGGGCUGACCGAUAACGCCAGUACGAUUGGCCUGAAGGACAUCUGCUUUGCGCCGCUCAGUUCGGCCUACUCGGGCCCGGUCAAGACGGAGGACUGCGUGGUGCAGUCACUGUGGGGUUACUUCUCGGACGAUAUGGACAACUUUGACGAAGAGGAAGAGGACGCCCAGGGUUUCGUGGUGAACUAUUUGGACAAGAUGGUGCAGUGCUUCGGAAACUACUACAAUCCUGCGUGCCUUGCGCCAUACGGUGGUCCGAUUGAUCCGGCCAUCGCACUCGGGGGCAUCCCGCAGCCGCGCUCGCCGGACGAGAAGCCCAAGUACACCGAAGCUGGGGCCGUUAUUCUGACGUUCCUGGUGCGCAACUAUCACGACAAGGGCAAGCUACAGUCGGCCCUGGCCUGGGAGACGGAGUACGUGGCGUUCAUGAAGAAUUGGACGCGGCCGAACAUGAGCAUCGCGUUCACUUCGGAGCGCUCGAUCGAGGAUGAGCUGGCGCGCGAGUCUCAGUCGGACGUGUCGACCAUCCUGGUGUCGUACAUCAUCAUGUUCGCGUACAUUGCCAUCUCUCUGGGUCACGUCAACCAGUGGAGCCGGGCAAUGAUCGACUCGAAGGUCACACUCGGACUGGGCGGUGUGGCCAUCGUGUUGGCGUCCGUCGUGUGCUCGGUUGGCUUUUUCGGCUACAUCGGUGUGCCGGCCACGCUCAUCAUCGUGGAGGUGAUCCCGUUCCUGGUGCUGGCCGUCGGUGUCGAUAACAUUUUCAUUCUGGUGCAAACGCACCAGCGGGACACGAAGAAACCGACCGAAACGCACGCCGAACACAUUGGCCGCAUUCUGGGCCGUGUCGGCCCGUCGAUUCUGCUGACGUCAGUGAGCGAAAGUUGCUGCUUCUUCCUCGGUGGCCUCUCCGAUAUGCCGGCCGUGCGGGCGUUCGCUUUGUACGCCGGUAUGGCGCUGCUGAUUGACUUCUUCCUGCAGAUCACGUGCUUCGUUAGUUUGCUUGCACUGGACACGAUCCGCCAGGCCGACAAUCGGCUCGAUGUGCUGUGCUUUAUGCGGGGCUCCAAGAAGGACGCACCCGGGAACAUCAGCGAGGGGUUGUUGUACAAGUUUUUCAAGAGCAUCUACGUGCCGUUCGUGAUGCGGAAGUCGGUCCGCGUGGCGGUGAUGAUCGUGUUCUUCGGGUGGCUCUGCUCGAGCAUUGCGGUCGCACCGCACAUCGACAUCGGGCUCGAUCAGGAACUGUCGAUGCCGGGUGACAGUUUCGUGCUGAAGUACUUCCGCUAUCUGCAGCAGUAUCUGAGCAUCGGUCCGCCGGUGUACUUUGUGGUGAAGCACGGACUGAACUACUCAACACCGCACGACCAGAAUCUAAUAUGCGGCGGACAGUACUGUAAUCUGGACAGCAUGUCGACACAGCUGUACAUUGCCAGCAAGCAACCACAGUCCACGUACGUGGCCCGUCCACCGUCGUCUUGGUUGGAUGACUACAUCGAUUGGUCGGCCGCUCCUACCUGCUGCAAGCAGUACGCGAACGGAAGCUUCUGUCCUCACCAGAAGAGCGCUUGUUCGUCGUGCCCGAUAUCACUGACCCCGCAGAAACGGCCAGCCGAGGCCAGUUUCCGUCGGUACGUGUCCUAUUUCCUCGAGGACAAUCCGGACGAGGCGUGUGCCAAAGCGGGGCACGCAGCGUACGGUAGUGGGGUGAAGUACCGACCCGAUGCCGGCUCACCGAUGUACAGUGACGUUGGCGACUCGUACUUUAUGGCGUACCACACGAUCCUCAAGUCGUCGUCGGAUUACUACGAGGCACUGCGAUCGGCUCGCAAGAUAUCGGCCAACAUUACCAGUACGAUCCACGCCAAUCUGCGGCUGCAGGGCCGCAGCGAGCCCGAGAUCCAGCAGAUCGAAGUGUUUCCGUACUCGGUGUUUUACGUGUUCUACGAGCAGUACCUGACGAUGUGGCCGGACACGCUGCGGAGCAUGGGCAUCUCGGUGUUGGCCAUCUUUAUCGUUACCUUUUUGCUGAUGGGCUUCGACAUUCACUCGUCGCUGGUGGUCGUCAUUACGAUCACGAUGAUCGUGAUCAACAUCGGGGGGCUAAUGUACCACUGGAGCAUCUCGUUGAACGCGGUCUCGCUUGUGAACCUGGUGAUGGCGGUCGGGAUCAGUGUCGAGUUUUGUUCCCAUCUGGUGCACAGCUUCUCGAUGUCGGUGGAGGAGACGCGCGAGCAGCGGGCCGCCGAUGCGCUCACCAAGAUGGGCAGCUCCGUGUUCUCCGGCAUCACGCUCACGAAGUUUGGCGGCAUCCUGGUGCUAGGGUUCGCGCACAGCCAAAUCUUCCAGGUGUUCUACUUCCGCAUGUACCUCGGAAUCGUACUGUACGGGGCCGCCCACGGGCUCGUGUUCCUGCCCGUCCUGCUUAGCUAUAUCGGCGCCCCUAUCAACAAGGUCAAGCUGGCCAACCACCGCCGGCAAGCGAUGCAGGAAACCCAGGAAACGUCCCUUUCGACAACCCUGCACCGGGAUGAAAGAAUAUUUAUGUUUGAGCGAAUAGAGGCCGAUAUACACGGCGUGAUGCAUCGCCGAAGACGUUUCAGUAACGGUGUCACCAACCCGUCACACCACACCAGUGUUGAUGCGAUCGAUGAGGAGCCGAAUCCGGAGCAGAAAACACCGUACCACAACCGACAAUCCGCCGAAGAUGAUGAUGACGACGACGACGACGACGACGACGGCUACGGACACGGACAUCAUACCGCCACCUACCGCCAACAACAGCAGGACCAACAGCACCAACCGCAGCAGCAGCAGCAGCAUCAAUCGCGUUAUUCUUCGAUUCAGCAGGAGCACGAACGAGACCACUGGCCGCCAGCAGCGGCUAACGGAGCAAACUACUCCGGAACACGUUCCCCCCAAAGCCAACAGCAGCAGCAGCACCGAACCGUUCUCGAUGUCCACGUCCGGCACGUUCCUCCGGGCGAGGAUAGAGAGGAACUUACCGAGCCUCUUUUGCAGCAAGCAUCCACCAGCAAGCCGGGCCCCGCGGGCGGAUCUCUAAGGCGGCCAUCGAGUGGCUCACCACCGCACCAAGCAACAGUCGAUCGCACCACGGCCAAGCCAUCGCCAGCACAGCAAGAAACGAAACCGACGCCAGCACCAACCGGUGGACCAACAUUGAAGCUGUCGCCUACCUCAUCCCUGUCGUCCUCGUCGCUGUCAUCGAAGGCCUCUAAAGCGUCCAAAACGUCCAAUCGGCACCGGCUACGCAAGAGUCGCUCGAAAGAUGCCCAAACGGAGAUAGAGCAUCCGAAGGCACCGCUGGUCGUGGCGGAAGAUUCCGAAGAUCUCGACGACGACGACAACGACGAUGUUGACGAAGAAGGUCAAGAUGAGCGUGUGGCGACGCAGCAAAGAAGAAGCGACAGCGGUGGCCGAAUACCGUCACACGAAUCUACCACUGCCGAUGAUGCCGCGGAAGGGUGGUCUAGCCGUAGUGGUUGCGCCGAAACGGCGGAUGACCAACGUACUUCGUCCUCCCGAUCGACGAUCGUCAAUCGUCGCCGGUAGGGGAAAGCGCCACGCGACAGGCGUACUGUGCGUGUGAUGUGUUUGUGAUGUGAAGACAAAUCAU